AUGAAAGGACGAUACUCCUUCUCCAACAUCCGUCGCCUUCUCAACAUCCUCCUCUCUCCUGCAUCCAAGGAGACACCAGAGGUGGUGGUCUCAUUGGAUGCAGAGAAAGCGUUCGACAGGGUGGAGUGGGGCUUUCUAUUUGAGGUCCUUAAGAGGUUCAGCCUCGGAUCCAAAUUUGUGUCGUGGAUAGCAUUGUUAUACUCUUCACCCAAGGCUUCAAUAAUAGAUCUGUUAACUCGAUUCGGAACCUUUUCAGGGUACAAGCUAAACUUUUCCAAGAGUGAGUUCUUCCCUGUAAAUGACCUGGCCCUUCAGAUCCCCGAUAGACUCAUCACCUUUAAGAUGUCCAGAAGUAGUGAUGUCAGAGUUCCAAUAAAAAUCUUGCGGGACACAGGGGCUUUUGACUCCUAUAUUGUUGACUCUGUUUUGCUGUUGUCUGGUGAAAGUGACACAGGUGACACAGUUCUGAGUUGGGGGAUGGGAUUAAAAGUUUUUCCUAUUCCUGUUCAUAAGGUGUAUAUUGACUGUGACCUUGUUAAAGGUGAAGUGGCUGUUGGUGUACGUCCAGGUUUGCCAAUCGAGGGGAUACAUUUUAUUCUGGGCAACGGUUUGGCAGGUGGCAGAAUCUGGACUGAUGUUCCCCCUGCGCCUUUAGUGACUGGUGGUCUGAUUGAGUCUGGGUUUGAGGAGAGCUCUACAGUGGUGCCAGGGGUCACGUCCUCCUGCGUGAUCACGCGUGCUAUGGCCAAAACUAUGCUGUUUAGAAACCAGAAGGCCAAGCAUUGCUCCACUGGUCAAAGUGGUCGUGGUGGCGGCGGCUUUGGUGGUGGUGGCGGCGGCUUUGAUGGUGGUCGUGGUGGCGGCGGCGUUGAUGAUGGUCGUGGCGGCGGCGUUGAUGGUGAUCGUGGCGGCAGCUGCAGCAGGGGUCGAGGACGUGGCAAGGAAAUGUUCUGUUAUCGGUGUGGAGACCAAGGACAUAUGGCCAGGGACUGUGACCAAACUGAGGAUGUGUGCUACAACUGCAACAAACCAGGCCACAUGGCUCGUGACUGUGGGCAUGCCAACGACCGGAGGUGCUACUUCUGCGGUGGGCUUGGUCACAUCUGGAGACGUUGUAAUCAGGUGAAAUGUUACAGGUGUGGCGACAUUGGCCACGUUGCGGGGCGUUGCAGUAAAGCCAGUGAGGCUAACGGCUACAACUGCAGAAAAGCGGACCAUCUGUUAACAGUUUGCCCCGAGGAAAAUGCGCAUAACUUAUAUCUUUGACUGUAAUGUAUUGUCUUUCAUACUGUUUUGUAAAUCCUUCUUGCUCUGCCCAUCUUUUUAAAGUGUGCUUCUCAGGUACCUGGGUUGCUAAAGAUGUGGCUGGGUGUUGGAGGCGCGGUUGGCAGAAUGAGGGUUGUAUGUUACAGUUGUUGGUUUUCUUUAAAAUAGGGUACCUUAUGUCUUUUGUUUUUGUUUUUCAUUACUGGUUGGGUUUUUGUUUUUGUUUGGGAUGGGGUUGGUUUGUUGUGCCGGUGGUCCUGGGGACACCGACUUUAAGGGGGGGGUGUGACGACCCCUGCUUCAAGGUCUCCUGUGGGGUGCAUGGCCCUUUAACGUUUCUCCUCUUUUGUGUGACGACCUGAUUGAGGACACCUGGCGGCUGUCGGAGGAUUUAAGAGGAGGAGCCGGAGUCUCGAUGGCUCUCUCCCCGCAGAGGACCGGACCUCGGAUAGCAGCCACGUCGCCUAUGUUUUUUGUUGCUUUGUCUUUUUGUUUGUCUUCGGACACAUUAAGUUUUUGAUAAAUAAACACCUUUUUUACAUAUUCUUGUCCUUCCCACGCUUUUUGUUAUGGC